AUGAGUACAUUUACGAAUAAUUCUUCGACGUCGCCCUUCAACGAUCGUCUUGUUGCUCUUGAGCAAACAGACGAGAACGAUUCUGACAGUGAGCAGAGUAUCACAGGUUUAAAUAUCUCCAACAAAUGUGACGCUCAGGAGAUUAUGCCAAUCCAGUGUGCAUCUCCUUCAGGGAUUGUAGAAAAUUCCCAGAGUGAUCCUGACUGUGUGGAAGAUGACCCGGUCUGUAGGUCUGGCUCUGCAGACCAGCAGACCAAAAAGAGAAAAGCCCCUGAGAAAGCAGCAAAGGAGCCUUCUGAGAAGAGGCAGAAGACAUCCACUCCUAGAGAGGACGUCAUCCAAGAGAAAAGGAAACGUCCUGAUGAAGAUGAAGAGCCCAGAAAGAGAUCGAGGGCCUCCGAACAAGAGGAGGCCAUCAGAUCCUCGCUGGAGCCUACAGAGGAGAGGGAGGCUGACAACCUAACGUUUGAGGAAAAGUACCAGCAGAUGAACCUGCUGGGAAAAGGAGCCUUUGGUUCUGUGUACGCUGGCUACAGGAUGAAAGAUCACAUCCCUGUGGCCAUCAAACACAUACAAAAGGACUUUGUCAGGUACCAUAAUUAUGAAAUCCCUAUGGAGGUGGCUGUUUUGCAGAGAUUGACCAGCGGACAAGAGGUUGGGAAAUCUGCAGCCGUUUCCCUCCUGGACUACUAUGAGGAGGAUGAGAAGCUUAUCCUGGUCCUGGAGCGCCCGGUCCCUGCAGUUGAUCUACUGGAAUAUAUGCUGGACAGAGAAGAGGGCUUGAAGGAAACGGAGAGCCGGCCAAUAUUGAAGCAGCUGAUAGAGGCGGCGUUGGAGCUUCAGUCAAAGGAUGUGUUCCAUAGAGACAUCAAACUAAAUAACAUCCUGAUUGAAACCCACUCUGACGCCCCUCGGAUCAGGCUGAUAGACUUUGGGAUAAGCUGCUUUACAAAAGAUUUGGCAGAAUCUGAUGGCACUCCUGAGUAUUUCCCUGCAAUGUUCGAUGAUGGCAUCACCUACAUCGCUGGUCCCACCACGGUGCGGCAGAUUGGGGACGUCCUCUAUGAGCUGAUGCACUGGGGCAUGGGACAAUUUAUAAUGAAAAAAUACAUUGACGGUGAAGUAUCCGUCAGUGAAGAUUUGUCUACAGACUGCAAAGACAUGCUGCGCCAGUGUCUAGCUAAAGACUCAGACCUGCGCCCCUCUCUGGAGAAGCUGCGCCUUCAUCCCUGGCUCAAAGAAAGCCAGUCCUGUGAUCCUUUAGUGUAA